CACUGCCAGCCUGCAACAACCCUCGCAUCAGGAAUUGUGCUGGAUCUGCAGACGCAGACCCGGUGCCCGCCCAGCUGAACCAUGUGGACCUGCACUCUCACCCUGCUCUCCGUCCUCCUGCUGGCUGCUCAGGUGCUCCGCACAGAGGCCCAAGACAGAGAACAGGAUGAAGUGAAUUUGGAGGCGGAGCAGGAUGGGUGGGUUCCUCUGGAGAAGCCCGUGAUAGUGUCAACAAGCCCGCCAACCCAGGUCAUUGUCACUGGCAGCUUUGUGAGCAGAGACCAAGCCAAAUGCAAAGUGACCGUGACCACACAGGAGGAAGGAGUCCAUCUGCAGGUCGAUUGUGUUCGAUUGGAGCACGAGUUUUCCUGUGUCUUUGCGGGCAAUCCCACGGCGUGCCUACACUGCUUGAACAACGACAAGGUCUACUGGAGACAAAUUGGCUGGCGCCUGCGCCGUUUGAACCACAUCUGUGAGGACUCCAAGGUCAUCUUGAAUACCAGGGUGUGUAGUACCAAGUAUCCAGAAUCCAAUCUCAAGCUGGUGAACUCUACUCUGGCUCGCAAGACUUCUGUGCAGGGAAUGAAGCCCACCCCCACGAUGUCAGUCAAGGGGAAGCAGCCAUCCCAGACAGAGCCAUCCAAAGGCAAACAUCACGUCUUCCCUACAGAGACAGUGAAGACCAAAGACCUACCCCCCACCAAGUAAGUCAAGACUACAGAAACCAGUCCCUUAGAGCAAAUCAAGAUUGAAAUGACCACUCAGACAACUCCAUACCAGGCCCCAGAGACCACCACUACUCAGACAAUGGGAAUCCUAGAGACCACCAGCAGCCAAGCACUGACACAAGCCACCACCACUAAACCCAGCUGUGUGGAUACACUAGGCAGCAAAUCCAAGAAUGCAUCCCAGAAGACAAGGCAGCAGGAGGGCCAGCAGGACCAGCAGCACCAGACACAGCCAACCCAGCAGGAUGAGCACAGCUCCAGCAGAAGUUCCAGUAGAUGACCCGGGAGUGACGGGGCUCCCGGAGCUUGUUCUGCAGCGUCGCCCUGGGCCCCAGUCUUCCUCCUGGCUGAGAAGGGAGCAGGGGCUCAGACAGGUGGUGUCUUAGGCUCCUCUGUGUGUGUGCAGUUCCCAGGUUCCCAUAAGACCGGGACGUCUGUGCUAGGAGAGCACAGGGCAGUGUUGGGACAGAGUUUGUGUUCUGCCUUUGCUGUUCACUUUCCGAGGUGUGUUGCCAGGUCUAUGGACUUUGGGGCCUGACUCCCGUGCUCACAGCACUGUGCGUGUGCGAGCAGGGAAGAGCUGUCUCAGCUGAAGGAG